AUGCAGCAAACGACGUUAAUAUUGGCGGGAUUUCUCCUACUGGCCGAUAAUGCUUUGGUGCAUUCAGCCAAGCAAGAAAUCAAAGUGUCAGAGUCCUACCUGCCAGUAGCGAUGCAGAUCAUCGCUCAUCUGACGGACCAAAUGACGUACGAAAUGAAGGAUGACGUUCCCAAGAGGACCACAACGACAACUGCCCGGCCCCUAGACAUAACCACGCCGUUCCACAAGCCAGGAAUAUAUUCUCCCCUAGCACCGCCGAAGCCGUCGGACAGGCUCGGAAAGCCCGACAGUUCUCAUAAGAAUCAGGCGUUCGUCCUGCUGCCUAUGGACCAAAGCUCAGAGUACAGUUUGAUCAAGCCCCAAGAGCACACGGAGGGACCUCUCCUCUCUGCCCACAAUGACCAGGUUCAUCCAAUAGUGGAGCCAGCACCGAAUGAUCCACAUCUGUUACCGCCUUACGAUGACCUGAAAGUUUCGAGUAGAUCUGACGAUGUCGAUGAAGAAAACCUGCAGUAUUUGUCCGGAACGGUCAGCGAUAUGAUAAGAAUGGCUAACGACCCGGAUGACGAUAGAGUGGUCGAUGUUUGGGAGGGUUUAAGAUUAAACCCAGCUGAGCCGUCAACAAAGGGCAAACUGUCGACGUCGAACUUGAGACUGUUACUCUUGUACGACCUAUUGAGCAGGGAUGCGAAGAAACAACGACUGUCAGACUACAGUGGAUUUUCUCCAGAUGUAAUGAAGGCGCUAGUGGAGUCUUCCAGCGGUGGUGCGCGAGCGCAACUCAGCAUGGCCUUAUCCAAGAUGGUGGAUCGUCACGACUGUGGCCACGACUACGCGAACAACAGGGCCAGGGAAAUGGUCGCCGAGUUGGCGAAAGACGAGUCUAUGCUGUCAUCGGAAUUGCGAUACCUCCAGCCUCUGGUCUAUAAAUUCUGA